GCACCGUACCGGCAUGCGGCAUACGCGAGAGAGACGAGACUCCACCGGACUCCACUUCGUCUUGACGAAAUCUUCUUCCUAAAAUGCUUGAAAACCUUGCCUUGAUCGCCUCCACAGCUCUGAUAGUGAGGCAUUUACCUAAACUUCGACAGUGGAAAUUACCAGUUCAUGUUGGUGGAUACGUCAAACCAGGCUUUGAAGAGGUAGAGGAUGAAUUUAGGAGAAAUUUUGAGAAGGGACCGGAGGUGAGAAAGAGCGGCUCUGGCUUUGCGGUAUACCAUAACGGAGAGAGAGUCGUCAACCUCUACGGUGGUUACGCUGAUGCAGAUAUCCUUCAGUUAUGGAGGGAAAAUACUUUAUCACUAGUAUAUUCUACUACAAAAGUUAUAGGAGCAAUAUGCAUCGCUAAGCUUGUUGAUGAAGGGCUGUUAGAAUAUCAAAGACCUGUUGCAGAUUACUGGCCGGAGUUUGGUGCACAUGGCAAGGAUGACAUCACAGUCCAACAACUCAUGGAACAUAAGGCAGCUCUUCCGGUGAUACCCUUGCCCAUCACGUAUAGCUUGUUACGGGACCAUGCCAAGCUCGGCUCCUUGUUUGCGGACAUGUCACCCUCCUGGAAGCCAGGCACGGCUCAUGGGUACCACGCUGUCUCCAUAGGCCCCCUGACCAGCGAGCUGCUGAGGAGAGUUGACCCCCAGGGGAGGACCCUGGGAAAGUACUUUGAUGAGGAGAUAGCGAAACCCUUUGGUAUAGAUUUCUUCAUUGGUCUUCCACUGGAGGAGAACCAUCGCACGGCCAAGCUAAUCUGUGCAGAUCCUGGUCCCGUUGUAACGUACAGGUCCGUGAGGCACUCUUCCAAGAACAGGACUGCUACGACCGGCUCCAUGAAGGACAUAACGUAUGCAAAAAAACUUGUUCAGAAUGCUGGAGAAUUGAGAGAUUUUUUCAAAACACAAAACAAUCCCGAAUACCGUGCAGUGGAAAUAGCAUCAGCAAAUGGCUUUGGAACUGCAGAGGCGUUAGCAAAGCUGAUGGGGAUACUAGCUGUCGGAGGCACGGAUCCAAUCACCAAGAAGGCACUUCUCUCCAAGGAAAGGGUUGACUCAUUUCUAGAUUCUGAACCAGAGACAACAGACAAGGUCAUCAAGAUACCCAUCACUUGGAAGAAUGGCAUGGCGAUAGAUCACACAGAGUGCAUCAAGCGAAUCUGUCUUGGACCAGUCUCGGGCAGGUUUGAGUUUACACCGAAUCCAAAGCAGCCUCAGGGCGCCCUGAGACCGGUCUUGGAACACAUCGCGAGGUGA